GAGCCUGUGCAGUAUAUACUUUAAGAUAAACUGUGAGGUCUCAGGUCAUGAACACAUCAAGCAGAAUGGAUAAACUACCGUACACCUAUCUGCUGAUAUUCUGCUGUUUGACAUUUGUCUACAUGGAUGGGAGAGUUCAAGACUUAUUUCCGUCAUGUGAAGUUGAGGUGAUCGUCUGGAGAGGCACGACAUGGGAAACUGCCCCACAACAGAAUCUGAGUGUCAGUUGUCCUGUCAAACACUGCGGAGAAUCAAUAAAAGUCACCUGGUGUAAACUGCUCGACACAAACACAUGUGAACAGAUGAAUUACACAGAGAAUGUAGAAACAAAUACAACACAGGAUGAACUGAUCUCAUAUUUGAAUUUCACAUGGAUCUCCAUUCACGACGACGGCCUGUACAGAUGUAAUGUAAAAGGGGACAGAUAUGAGCUGAUCAGUAACAUCAUCAACAUCUCGGUUUCAGAUUCAUACCAGGGGGUGAAACUCUUACCCAACACACACUCUGACAAUAAUAAAGAUGAGCUACCAAGCGCUGCUGGUGAUGAGGAUGUGUCCUGGCUGCCCUACUUCAUCAUCCCUGUUAGCAUAGCUCUACUGGUUGGCACCCUGGCAGUGUUAACCCUUCUGAGUUUGUAUGGCUGGAAACGAAUACAGAACCACACAAAGGAACAGGAAAUGCCCGCCCACAUGAUACAAGACCUCCCCAAACCGAGUGCUCCUUCCACUCUUGCCCCGCAUGACACCUACUCUCCAAGUACUGCAGAAAGUCCUCCAUCAGCACCUCCCAUGAUGACCACCAAUGGGAACCAGCCUGCUGUGGCAAACACAGCAGAUGGAGGUCAAGGGUCAGAAUAUGCAGUGUAUUCUACCAUCAACCACCGACAGUCUGGGAUACCUGCCACAGAACAGCAUGCUGCGACUGAACAAAAGAAAAAGACAGAAUAUGCUGCCAUCAUUGUUUCCUGAACAUUUUGGUCAUAGACACAUGCAGUUGAAAACACGGAUGGAAAAAUGUACACAAGUAGGCCUGUGGUGGUGUCAUGGAACAGGCGAAGAGGUGAACGGAGGAGGUUUGUGGUCACGCAGAUGCACAGUACAGUCAUCUUAAAUCAACCAGACCAGAAGCAGCUUUGAAUUUAUUCUCUCACCCUCAUUUGUUCCAGGAAAUGCUGCUUUUUAUCAUUCAUUUCUUGUUAUUUUUUCAGUUGUUGUUUUCCCUAAAGUCAUUUCAGUUACGUGGCUUGGAGGGCUUUUUUGACAUGUUUAACUUUGUUGGCAAAAGCUUUGGUGGUUUAUGUAAAAAAAGCCAGUGGUUGUAGAUAUCUCAUGUGCAGACUCGCUCUUUAUUGUGCAUUCUUCUGUCUGAUAGUACGAACACUGAAGUUUGGGAGGCGUCUAUAUCUUAAAUUCCAGAGUUACAAUAUAAUCCUUAGCUGAUGUGUGACUGUGGAAACAUUUUGUUCUUUGAAAGGUCAUGAAUGUGAUGUCCUUGAUAUUUAUUUAUACAUUCCUCUCAGUUGAGAUGACUAUUUGAAUAUUUUAAAGAAAUAAUAGUUUGGCCAGCUCAUCCUAUAGUUUUUGGUGGAAGAAUACUGAGAGAUGACAUUAUGAGCAAACUUAUUUCCGAUUCUUUUAUCUCACACAUUUUCUGUUCCACACACAGCCCUCAGUGUUUUUCACUGAGGGCUGUGAAAAACACCCCCCCCUGCGGAAACGCAGUACCUGGCCCAUCGACCACACCAGUGUGGUUUGGUUUAAAAUGUGCAGGAAGUCAAAGAGGGGAUCUAAAGUUUUCUUGACAUCAUUUGUGGUAGCAGAUGUCCCACCUCUGCUCAAUCACAUACGGUUUACAAACUGAGAAACUGCAGUCCGAGCCGUGGUCUUAUCAUUAUGUCGGCACGCAUUCAACAAGUUGUAAAACAAGACAGAGGAGAGGAUGGAAAAGAAAAAAAAACAUAUUAAAGACAAUAAUAUGUUACAGUUAGGCCAUGGUUGCUUUGUAAAACAAAUCAAACUGUAACUAUAACCCAACAACACAAGUUAUGGCCUUAUUGUGGACAUUGUGAGCAGUUUGACUAAACAGAUUGUUCAAUUUGAAGGAUUUUAAGACGCAGAAAGAGGUGAAAGUAUCCAGUAUUUUACUAGAAAAAAAGCAAGCAAACAUUUACAAAAGUAGAAAAAAAGAAGAAAAAAAUUAUUUCAUAUACACUUAAUCAUCUUGUGACCUCUUCAGACUUAUUUUGGAUGCCUUGGAGUUUCUCAUUCAUGUGAUUUCUCGACACAUUCACAAUUAAAUUUUUUAGAAAUCAAAAACACAUUUAUUAUGCGCUAAUGGACAUUUCUCGGUCAGCCCUGCUACCAGCCCUACCUGUUUCCUUCAUCCAGUGCAGCUAAAGUGAGUUAUUCUUAAGGGUUUAUCAUUUUGAUAAUGCUAUGUCUUUGUCCACUUUAUGACUGCUCAUGUUUAACUGGUAUAUUGUUUGUGUUUAGAUAUUAUCUGACUUUCAGUUAAUGAUUACAGUGACUAAAUGCAUGUUGCAAUGCUGUUAAUGUCUUGCAUCUCCCUCUGUUUUAUGUAAUUAAUGCAGAUACACAACUUGACGAUUUUAAAGGGGAAACUCAUCUAAAUAAAGUCCUUUGUUGUUAG